AUGAACGAAGACUUGCAAAACACAGCGAAUAAAUCAGGGAGCUGGGUGUCACAGCCGGCUGAGAACACCUCUGCAGCAGCUGCCUCUGUAGUGCCCUUGUCAGAGGCGGUGAAUCCCUGGGAUAUAGUCCUCUGCACCUCUGGGACUGUCAUCUCCUGUGAGAACGCUAUCGUGGUGGUCACUAUCUUCCACAGCCCCAGCCUCAGAGCCCCUAUGUUCGUGCUGAUCGGCAGCCUGGCCGUGGCUGACCUGCUGGCUGGCAUUGGGCUCAUCGUGAAUUUCACCUUCGCCUAUCUACUGCACUCAGAAGCCGCCAAACUAGUCACGGUGGGACUCAUCGUCGCCUCCUUCUCCGCCUCUAUCUGCAGUCUGAUGGCCAUCACCAUAGACCGCUACCUCUCCUUGUAUUACGCGUUGACUUACAACUCGGAAAGGACCGUCACAUUCACCUACAUCAUGCUGAUCGUGCUUUGGGGUGUAUCCAUCUGUUUGGGGGUUCUACCUGUGAUAGGCUGGAACUGCCUGAAGGACGAGUCCACGUGCAGUGUGAUCAAACCCCUCACCAAAAACAACGUGGCUGCGCUGUCUGUCUCCUUCCUGCUCAUGUUUGCACUCAUGCUCCAGCUCUACAUUCAGAUCUGCAAGAUCGUGAUGAGGCAUGCCCAUCAGAUAGCCUUGCAGCACCAUUUCCUGGCCACAUCUCACUAUGUGACAACCAGGAAAGGGGUCUCCACCUUAGCAAUAAUUCUAGGCACCUUCGCCGCUUGCUGGAUGCCUUUCACCGUUUACUGCUUGAUAGCGGACUACACCUACCCAUCCAUCUAUACCUAUGCCACCCUGCUGCCAGCCACCUACAACUCCAUCAUCAACCCAGUCAUCUACGCCUUUCGAAACCAGGAGAUUCAAAAGGCGCUUUGGCUCAUAUGCUGCGGUUGUAUCCCUCCCAACAUUUUAUUACGAGCGCGGUCACCUAGCGACGUAUAA